CAAAGGGCCGUUCGUGACGCAAGGUGAUCGCAUCAACGCACAAACCGAGCUGUGGGUUCGACCCUGUCAGAGACGAACUGGAAGCAAAUUAAACGCCAGCUCGGGAAGUGGAAAUCCCGUUAGGGAAGCAGUGUGUGGAGCCGUGCGUGCGUUCGUUGUGCUGCCCUACGGCCCUACGUUUCCUCCCAAACGUCCGCUCGAUUCGUGCGCCCGACACAAAUCACCGUCGUCAUCAGCAGCACGGAGAAGGUGUAGGUACCGUCGUCCCGAAAGGUGGUGCGUACAUGUUGUGUUGCAUUCCGUGCCCUGUGUCGCCGUUGUUCUGUUUUGGGGGGACGAAGGAAAAACACGGCAAAAACCAGAGCAACUAGCCUGGUCAGCAGUAGCCAGGAACUGGUGCAGAGUGUUCAGAAUCGACAGGCCUUACUCAUCGCGCACGGUUGAAGGUUACACAUUCUAAACACCCACCCUUCCGGACCGGGGCGGACAAAAACGGAUCGGUUUGGCAGACAGUUAACCAGCAGGUAUCGCCGGAGCACCGGGAGACGGCUCCGAACACGGCUUAGAAACGGAAGGCGCAAACAGCGUACCACUGACAGGCAGCAUGACGGCGACUGAUAACACGGUUCGCUUCAGCGAUCACACGCUCGAUAAGGCAACGAAGGCGAAGGUGACACUGGAGAACUACUACAGCAAUCUGAUCACACAGCACGGCGAGCGGAAACAGCGCCAGGCGAAGCUGGAAGCAUCACUCAAAGAUGAAACGCUGUCCGAGUCCCAGCGGCAGGAGAAACGAAUGCAGCACGCCCAGAAGGAGACGGAAUUUUUGCGCCUUAAACGGUCCCGGCUGGGGGUGGAAGAUUUCGAGGCGCUCAAGGUGAUCGGACGGGGUGCGUUCGGUGAGGUACGGCUCGUGCAGAAGAAAGACACUGGGCACGUGUACGCGAUGAAGGUCCUGCGCAAAGCGGACAUGCUCGAAAAGGAACAGGUGGCCCAUGUGCGGGCAGAACGGGACGUACUGGUGGAGGCUGACCAUCAGUGGGUGGUAAAGAUGUACUACAGUUUUCAGGAUUCGGUAAAUUUGUAUCUGAUCAUGGAGUUCCUGCCGGGUGGCGAUAUGAUGACACUGCUGAUGAAAAAGGACACCCUAUCGGAGGAGUGCACACAGUUCUACAUCGUUGAGACGGCACUGGCAAUCGAUUCGAUCCAUCGGCUCGGUUUCAUACAUCGCGACAUUAAGCCGGACAAUCUACUGCUGGAUGCGCGUGGCCAUUUAAAGCUAUCCGAUUUUGGUCUCUGCACCGGGUUGAAGAAAUCGCAUCGUACCGAUUUCUACCGUGAUUUAUCGCAGGCUAAACCGUCCGAUUUUAUCGGCACCUGUGCGAGCCCGAUGGAUUCAAAGCGACGGGCCGAAAGCUGGAAGCGAAAUCGGCGAGCACUCGCGUACAGUACUGUCGGCACACCGGACUACAUCGCACCGGAGGUGUUUCUCCAGACGGGGUACGGGCCGGCCUGUGACUGGUGGUCGCUCGGUGUGAUCAUGUACGAGAUGCUGAUGGGCUACCCACCAUUCUGCUCGGACAACCCGCAGGACACGUACCGGAAGGUAAUGAACUGGCGGGAAACACUAAUCUUUCCGCCAGAGACGCCCAUCUCGGAGGAAGCUCGUGAUACGAUAGUGAAAUUUUGCUGUGAAGCCGAACGACGACUCGGUUCGCAGCGAGGAAUUGAGGAUCUGAAGCUAGUGCAAUUUUUCCGUGGUGUCGAUUGGGAGCACAUACGAGAGCGACCAGCGGCCAUACCUGUGGAAGUGCGCUCGAUUGACGAUACAUCGAACUUUGACGAAUUUCCGGACGUAGCACUAGAGAUACCCGCCCACCCGCAACCGGAAGGGGAAGUGCUCAAGGAUUGGGUGUUCAUCAACUACACCUUUAGACGGUUCGAAAGCCUUACCCAGCGUGGUACACCGACGAAAAAGUGAGCUGUGAAGAAAGUAUCGCAAACAGGAUGAAACGAAGCCCUUGUAAAACCCAAGCAAAGCAGAGUAAGCAAGCAAAUUGUGAGUAGUUCCGAUCGUUCAAUCCUGCCAGUGGAAGUCGGUCGGUGUACGUGCGAUAUACAGAGCCCGCUAAACGCUAGUGCGUCCCAAAAAGAAGAAGCUGUUUUAAAAAGCUUUGUCGUCGUUUCAGAUCCUAAAGGACAAUAGGAACGGAUAGUAGGAUAUGUAAUGGAAGAUGAUUUCAGGCCUUUGGGAUAUCGCGAUGCCCUGUGUUCUGUUUCGUCAUUCACCGGUGGCUAAGAGGUAUCAAAAACAGAUUUUCCGGUAUUUAGUAGACAGACCCAAUGCGGACUCCAAUCUGCAACAGGAAAUGUUGCUCCCGUUGCUUAGUCUUACGCACUACAAACAGCAAACCCAACUCGUAUCACAAAGCUUGCCGGAGGACAGAAAACACAUAUUUCAGGGUUCGCAGUUGGUGGUAGAAUCGAACAAGAUUUAUAGAUGACAGCCAGGACAAUAGCAAUGUGCCGGAAAAGAUGAGAGUAUGCCUGGUGGACCGGUUGCAUGGAUUGCACGCAAUAAAAAUGGUCCAUUUCCCUUACCUAUGGAUACGAAACAUUGAAAAACGCAGGAACUAGACAAAGGAAUAAAUAACUUCCGGGUGGCAAACAGAUUGUGCAGGAUACUAUGAACUAUAACAAUUCCCCUCAAGAUACUAUGACAUCGUUUUUCACGCUAAGUCGCUGUUUUGUUUCCAAAAUUAUUAGCUGCUUGUUUUGUCUAACGUUUAUUUGUUCUUCCUCAUGUACCAAGUACUAGCCGUUAAAAUAGGUUUUUUUUCGUGUGUUUCGUGUAUGAAGUAUAAGUUGAAUAUUGAAAAUGUUUUCUCGUGUUCGCUCCAGUUGAAGGCCAAGGCCGCAAAGGAUGUAACGUGCACUAUUACAUAUAUUUAUGAAUGAGAGAUCUCUCCUCCUAUUCAAGUCCCUGCCUACUGCCGACCGUCCAUUGAAAAAGCGUAUGAAGGGCAAAUGUGAACAAAAGAGAGAAAGAGCGAAGGUAAAAAGGGGACAUUUUCAAUAGUGUUUGGACAUAAAGUGAAAAAUUUAUCUUUCGUUAGGGGGUUUCUUCUGUUAAGUUAUUAAAUAUACUUGUGUUAGGAGAAGAUGAGCGAAUGAAACAAAACCAACGUGUGUUAGAGGAAGGUGAAACUAUGUUAAAUUAACGAAGCAAAGAAAAAAAAGAAGACAGCCGCCACAGCAGCAGUAGUUCCGCAGCUAGUUGUCCACGGACAAGUUUUAUAAUCUGAAGCAUGGCAGUGAUGAACGAAAUGAAAUCCGUACUUGCCUCCUUUCCUUCCUUAUAGCUUUCCAGGCAUUAGGAAGAAGUGACUUAUCUACCCAUAACAAAACCUACACGAAAUAUCAGUUUAAAUCGCUCCCCUGUCUAAUAGUAGCGUUUUAAGCGAUUUUUUCCUUUCUAAGGAUACAUUUGAUUUUAACGAAAAUGGUGAUUAUCCUAGGCGGAGGCUCUGCUAAGAAACAGUGAAUAUCGGACAAAUGGAACAACAUGAGCAUGUUUGAGCCCAUAGUAUUAAAUAGAAUAUUGUAAUGUAUGAUGAUGAUGUAUUGUAUUGUAUUGCAUUGUUUUUUUUUUAAUUAUAAUUAUGAUUUGUUCGUAAGUUAAUCGCAAAGCACUCAUAAUACACGGACCUUUCAGACAAACAGAGAAAGAGAAAAAGAGAGACACAAGUUCGCCCAAACCUCACUUUAAACGCGGGUGGGUCUUGAUAGGUGAUGAAUGUGAGCGAAUAUGAUAAUAAAAUGACAUGUUGUGUCCCUUAAUUGUAGUCUACCGAACCAUGUUGCACUGGACCGCGGUAUGGCAUGAACGACGUGUCCAUCCCUCUCGGUUAGCGAGGAGCAUCUCUUAGCCGUAACGCAAGGCGCGUACGAUUAGGCAGCAGGCAGCGUAACGUAAAGAGGCCACCAGUCUCGUGGAACGCAUUAAUUUGUACAUAGUGUUUUCACAUUCUUAGUCACCAUCAUAAUUUAGCACCGUACUUUUUGUCUUGAAUUUUAUGUUGGAACGUUCUUGUUUUUUUACAUCUCCUCAUCCCCAUCUCCAAAACGAACCGGUAAUAAAUUAAACAAAUGCGCUUAAA